CGGCCCGGAGAAGACGCUGCCCUUCGCUCCGCGGGAGAGGGCCGGGCUUCCCCAGUUCAGACAAGUCCUCGCCCCGUUCCCAAGGCGGCGGGUUUGGUGCGACACCGUCCUGACAUGUUGUAACUGGUUUCCACACCCACCGCGCCUGAGAGCGACGGGAAGUACCUGCGAUGAGCGCUGCGCCGCCGUGACUCGCCGCCGCCGCGCUCGCAGCAGCCGGGUCGAGCCGCCCCGCCGCUCCGGAGGCGAGACCCCACGCGGGGCACCGGCGCAAUACAUUUCAUCAGCUCAUGAAUGGACACUUAAAAGACUUUAUACAAAAUACAUGUGAAAAUGGAAACUUCAUCUUUGCUGUCCUCCUUACAUGAUGAAUGCAGAUCAGAAAACUAUAUUGAACCUCAUUACAAGGAAUGGUACCGAAUAGCUAUUGAUGCUCUGAUUGAAGGAGGUUUAGAAGCCUACAAAGAAUUUCUUUCCAAAGAGAGAUGUUCGGAGUUCCUAGCAGAUGAGGAAAUUGAUUAUAUUUUGAACAAUGUUCACAAACUUCCCCAAAACACAAUUUAUUCCUCUAACCAUGCCAUUGAUGACACCUCUUCCUCAGGGACGUACUGGCCCAUUGAAUCAGAUGUGGAGGCUCCAAAUCUUGACUUAGGUUGGCCCUAUCUGAUGCCUGGAAUUUCUGGUGGCACAAAUAUUGAUCUGCUUUUUCAUCCACCACGAGCACAGCCUUACACCAUAAAGGAAACUGUUCGGAAGAUGAUACGAGAUGCAAGAAAGGUCAUUGCCAUUGUUAUGGAUAUGUUUACAGAUGUGGAUAUUUUUAGAGAAAUCGUGGAGGCAUCUGCUAGAGGGAUUGCAGUGUAUAUCCUGCUUGAUGAAUCGAACUUCAGUCACUUUCUGAAGAUGACAGAGAAACAAGGCUGUCAAGUUCAGAGGCUCAGGAAUAUGAGGGUGCGGACCGUGAAAGGACAAGAUUACUAUUCUAAAACAGGAGCAAAAUUCCAUGGAAAAAUGGAACAAAAGUUUAUUCUUGUUGACUGUAAGAAGGUCAUAUACGGUUCUUACAGCUUUAUGUGGUCAUUUGAAAAAACCAACCUCAGUAUGGUUCAAGUUAUCACAGGACAGCUUGUUGAAUCCUUUGAUGAAGAGUUCAGGACACUGUAUGCCCGUUCUUCCGUUCCUAGCUCAUUUGCCCCAGAAUUAGUGCGGGUAAACAGUCGCAAGACGCUCUGGGAUAACGAUACUUACCAACAUUCUGUGUCUUCCUUGGCUUCAGUUUCUAGCCAAAGAAACCUUUUUGGAAGGCAAGACAAUGUUCUCAAGAUAGAUCCUGUUUGGAAAUCUCGUGGAAGAUACGCAGUAAAUGAAAUAGAUAAAUAUGGUUUGAGAAAUCAAGCCUAUAAUAAGCAACCAUUUAAUCCAGGUUUUAAUGUUCAAAAUCCAAUCCAGCAGUAUCAGCCUAGUGAAAAGAAUGAGCACUGGAAGAGACAUAGUUAUGCUGGGGAGAAGCCGGAAAGGACACCUUACCUAUUGCUCAACAGAGCUAUUAACAGAGCAAACAAUCUACCAAAUACUUGGAAAAUGCCAUCUGAUAGCCUUAGUAUUGUGUCAUCAUUACGAGGAGGAUAUGCAAAUAACUACAAUAUUCCCCAGCAAAGUUUUGCUGAUCAAUUCUCACGACCAAAGGUAAAUCUUGCGGAGAGAAAUUCAAUUGUACGGAGAUCUUUUAAUGGGACAGAUAGUCAUAUCCGCCAUCUGCAGCAGAGGAUGCCAACCCUUGAGCACACAACAAAAUCAUUCCUACGAAACUGGCGAAUAAAGUCCUAUUUGAAUGAUCAGUCAGAUUAUCCAGUAGAGUCAAAUGGGUCAGCCUUGGGUGACAGGUAUGAUAGCUAUGACACAGCUGAAAAUAUUAAAGCUCAUGCACUGUACUCUCAUUCUCGCUUGCGAUCAUCACUGGUGUUUCAGCCAACUUUACCUGAGCAGCAGGAAGUAAGCAGCUGUGCAAGUUCUUCAAAUUCAACUAUAAUUGGAUCAGAGGGGAGUGCAACACCUAAAGGGACAUCUAACCAUGCUCCGAGUGUGGAAAAUGGAACGGAUAAUGUUCUAGAGGAGGUUAGCACAAAUUUUCCUCUUAAAUCAGAUGCACCAAAAGCCCAAAGAAUUCAGAUUGUAGAUGACACAAAACCUAGUGUAAAUUCAAAUGCAGCUGGCGACUCAUCACUUUAUUUGUACACAACACUGUGUACAGACAAACAUGCAGAAAAUCUGAAGAACCUUCAAAAUGAAAAUAUGCUGAAAAGGAGAAGUUUUCCCAUGUUUAAUUCCAAGUCCAUAUUGGAUCCUGGUACCAACAAACAUGCAUCGAAUUAUGUUUACAGCACAUUGACUAGGCAUAGACUUAAGCAGCCAGUUAGUCCAAAACUUCCACAAGACAUGCUGAAGAGUGCUAAAAGUUUGCAUAGUGUGACCAACCACUUGCCACAGGAGGAAAAGGACCUGAAAGGAGAGCUGAAGAGCCCAACUGCUAGUAAGGCAAUCUCCAUGGCAGCUCUCACUGAAGCUAGCAGGGAGGAGUCUAGUAAAGACUGCACAUCAAAGAAAGAAAGUAAGAAUUCCCCAAGUUUUCUGAAGAAAGGAUCCCAGAAGCUGCGGUCACUUCUUAAUCUCACACCAGACAAGAAGGAAAACUUGUCAAAAAACAAGGGUCCUGCCUUUUACAGAAUGUGUAGUAGUUCUGACACAUUGGUUUCUGAAGAUGAGAAUCAAAAACCAAAGAUUUCUGAAAAUAAGACAGAUUCUUCCCCAAGGAGAAAAAGAAAUUCAUCAUCAAAUUCUCAAGGUAGUUUGAACAGAAGUAAAGAAGAUGUGACCGGGAGUCCAACAAAGUCUCCAAAGUCUCCGAAGUCACCAAAAUCUCCAAAACCUCCAUCUGAUGAGAGCAAUAAAAAAUGUCCUCUCUUGUGUCCCCUUGAAAGUAAGUUCAUAGAAACUGCAGGAGAUCCAUCUACUCCCAGAUUUAAUACAGAACAGAUCCAGUAUCAAGAUUCAAAGGAAACCUCCACAAAUGAUACUUCUGACAGUCCUCCUGUCUCUGCUCUCCAAAGAGCAAGUUCAGUGACACCACAGCUUGCAAGCUCAAAGCACCAAGAAGACUUGAGAUCUCGUUUGAGUGAAAGGCGUGUUUAUAGUCGCUUUGAGCCAUUCUGUAAGAUGGAAAAUGCCAGCCAACCUGCAGGAAAUGCAGUCAACAGCAGUUCACAUCUAUCGGAUAUCAAAAGCAAGACCUUAGGGAAUAAUUAUGGCAGGAGUAAUCACAUGGUCAGCUACAACUCAACUGCUUACCACCCACUGCAGCCUAAUGAAAACAAGCUGAGAGGAUUUAUGCAAAAGUUUGGGAACUUCCUACACAAAAACAAGUAAUGUUAUAAUUUGGUUGAUUAUAUUGAAAUACAGCAAGACUGGCAAAGUUGGACAUAAUCUCAACUGGACAAAGACUCGUGGCUAACUUCUGUAAAGUUUACUUGGAUUUCUUCUUGGGUCUAGGACAUUGGAAUGAAUGUACAUAUUUUUAAAAAUAAUUAUUCUAGAAUUGUUAUACUUAAAUCUUUACAGAAAUUCUGUGUCCAGAAGAUGUCUCAAGGAAGUUGUUUAUAGUGUUGAUAGUGUAAGAAUAAUUUUAUACAUUUUCCUUUUGAAGAAAAUGCAUUCUAGCACAUUGCAAGAUUAAUAAACAUGGGGUAAAAAAGAUGGGGGAUGUUUUUAAACUUCAGAUAAUACUGUUUCUAAAGAUUUGCCUCCCAAAAAUAGGAUAGCACUAGGAGUAGUAAAUUGUAUUUUUUCAGCCUUUAUGUACACUUUCAAAUGAUAAACACAGAUGUUAAUGCAUUGCAUGUUACUUAUCUUUAAUUUUUGGAAACCUCGUUUUGGUUUCAUCUUGUUAAUAAUUUACCCCAUAGCAUCUAUUGAACUAUUUGGGCAGCAGAUGGAUCUAUCUUACUUUAUUGAAUUUUCUGUGUAAUAUGAUAUUUUUCUGAAGUAUUUGGCAUACACAUUAAGUGACCUUAAUUGAGUUUUCGUGGACUUGUUUACAUAGUUAAACUAGUGUGAAUGUAGAAUGAACAUUAAAAAAACUAUUUAUAAAAAGGUGCCUUGAACAUAACCUACAACUAGUUUAAAUUUCAAUGGGUUAAUUGCAUUUGUACAGCAUGCCAGUAUUCUGUAAUGUCUUCGUUAAAAAAGCUUUUUUAUUACAUUUUUCUAUUUGGUAUUAAAAAAAAAAAAAAUCUCUGUGGACUUCCAUUUCUCAGGUAAGUUUUUUGAGUUUCACAUGCAAGUUUUUUUUAAAUGUUGCCAGAUAUUUUUGUAACUAUGGCUUUAAUAGCCUAAUGCCAGGAUGACUAUUACAAGCCUGCAAGGAAUUAGGCAGAUAAAAGUGAGAUUUGUAAAAAUCACCACAUCAAACGAUAAGGCACCUUUCCUAAGACAAAGAAAGUAUCAGUGAAGGGUGAUAGUAGCGAGUGUUAAACUUCAGUGAAGGGACUGAGGCACCUAACUGCAGUCUAAGGGAUAUGUUUAUCUGAGCCUCUGUAUCAUAAAAAAUUUCUCAAUAAUAGGUGGCUACAGAUUAGUGCUUACAAAAACACAGGUGUGGUGAUGUGUUUGGGCAGCAGCAUGGCAUCCACUUCUCAUCUGCAGUGCACAGCUAGAACUUUCAGCUGGCUUGCCUGUCCUGGUUGUGAAGUUUGUGUCUUAGAAGGAGUACAUAACCAUGUAACUAAGAUAUUCUGUGACAGUUUUGUUCCAAAUUCAGAUUUUUUUGAAAUAUCACUGCUGAAAGCUUAGAAUUCUUAUACAGAUCUUUGUGUUUCAAGCUUUAGGAGAAAACUUCAGUCUUAGAUCUGAAAGGUCCCACAGUGUUCUAUGCAGGAGUCCACCAUGAAGGCCUUGGCAUCAUUCUUUAUAAAGAAAUACCAGAAAGGCAAAAAUGCACCAGUUAAAUGAAUUUAAUUUGUCUUGUCUACCUGUGGCCCUGGGAGUAGAUUUUAAAUGGAAAUGUACUUCUCACUGAGAGCCUGUUCUGAUUCCCAUGAAGUCACCAUAGUUACUGUAAGUGAUUUCAACGAAGCAGUGUCAGCUUUUUAUUCAAGCUCCUUCUCAGGCAGCUUUACUAGGGCCCAUGCAUCAUGACUCUUUCAUUGUGGGGAUGCUAAUUAUUUAUAUGACUGACAAAGACUUGCAUCUCAGUCCUCUGCUGAAAGUUCAGGUCUGUCAUUACCUGUGAUCACAAAAGAUUUUAUAAACUUCUUGGUGAGCACUUUGUUUAUUCCUUUAUGAAACACCAUAGUUAGUAUUUUUCCCAAACAAACAUCUAUAUUUAAAUAUCCUGUCCCAACAGAGACAAUGUGUUCAAACCCGAGAUAAGAAGUGUCUUAGUUCUCAAGGAAUAUUUUCAACAUAGGCACAGUAUUCUUCCACAACUACGCAGACAACAGCAAUGCCAUACAUGGGGCAUACUGUACUAUUUAAAACACUUAAUAAUUUUUAACCAGUUGGACAUUUGUCCAGAAUAGUACCUGAAUUGAAGUGCAGUUGGUGCUAAAAAUGGUGGGGGUAGUUUUAGGAAGAUCUUUAGUUUUCCUUCAUACUCUAAUGAUAUCUAACAUAUGCUGGUAGGCAGACCUGUACUUGGGAGGGAAAUGAGAGAGGGAGAACAAGGGUCUUGGGGCAAGUUUAGUGCUUUCCAUAUUGUAAUAAGCUUUGCGAAAUCUAUACUCAUGCAAUUUGGAAAUAUUUUACUUUUUCCAAGUAGACUGCUAAUUAAAGAGUCCUGAUAAGGCAGAUAUUUUAAUUUACCAAGUCGUCUGUGUUUGUAGAUACAUACUGCUGCUUCUCACAUGCAAGAAAGAUUAAGAGCCUUCAGUGAAGGGCCUACUUAUAAACUUGAUAGUUUAAAAAAAAAAAAUCUCUGUAGAACUAGCAUUUUUUAAAAAAAAUUCAGAUCUGUUCUCAGUUCCCACAUAGGAAUGGUCUGCACUAAGGCUUGAUCCAGGGUUAAUUGAAAUGAAUUCCAUGGACCUCAGGGGAAGUAGCAUCAGACACUUAACAUACUGACAUCACUAUUUUAGAAUUGUUACAAGACCCAGUGCUGCUUGGGAAGGAUGAGGCUCUACUUGAUGCCAUGGGAAGAGCAGCUUGAUGCCCUGCCUGCAGCUACAGCUUUGAAGGUUGGGAAGCACACUGUGGAGGUCUACAGGUGCUGCAAGGACCGAGUGUUCAUUUAUUCCCUCCUGAACCUGUGUGAGUGGGAAAAUGCUCACCCAGUACUGUCUGAUUUGACUCAUGUCUCCAUGGGAACCCAGUUGUCCAUGAAAUAAAAAGGAAAAUAUAGGGGGCAAAAAAUUCCUUUUAUCAGCAUAGAAAAAGGAUGUGCAACUUUUCCUGGAGGGAAAAGUUGGAGUUUGUAUUUUUGAACUUCUUUUUCCCAAAGCUUGUCUUGAUGUUUCUGGCUUUCCAAAGAGAUGCACUUCAUUCAGUGUUUCCUAAAUGUACCUUGCAAAUUACAAGUUUUACAACCCACACACACCCAACACAAUCCCAAUUUUGUAAUGCUGUGAAGUAAUAGCUGUUGCCAUGCAUGAUGGUCAUUUGGCCACGUGGCUUGGGAAUUGUGAAAUCCAUAAGAAAUACCAUGUCAUUCCCCCAUUAAAUAAAACUCCAUUAGCACUGGCACACAUCUCUGAGGGCAGUUCUGUGAAAGCUGGUCAGAGUCAGGCAGUGCUAAGCGUGGCCCCCAGGAGCAGUGUUGGGAGCAGAGGGCAGUGCAGCUGGGAGAUGCAGGCUUCCCAUACAGUGCUCAUUCAGUUUGUGUCAUAAAUAAACUGCCCCUACAUACAGUCAUAAUAUACAGUGAAUAAAUUGCUUCAUUUCUUCAGCCUCAUAAUAAACAGCUUUUGCUGCCUCUCAGAUUGCAAAGUUGUUGGUUAUUCUCUUAUUAAUGAUCUUAAACUACCCUCUUUAUUCAUGCUAAAAAACACAAACUAUAUGUGAAGAAAGACUGUAAAUCAAGAAAAAGUUAGUUGCCAGCUGUCUAAUAAAUGAGGAUAGUAGUAACUGACAAAACUUGAGAAAAAACAAAAAGCUUAUUAGGCACUAACUAUAUCCUUGUGCAUAGGUGAAAAAUUGCUAUUCAAAGAUAACAACUGUGUGAGAAUUUUUCAGCUUUCUGAGAUGUAUUAAAAAUGUUGUGGUUUAUAAGACAUCAUAAAUAACAAAAUUUGUUGCAAGACAAUGUAAAAAUAAAAUUUUAAUUGACUCUACUAAACUGUAUGUAUGAUAUGUAUGAUAAAUACAUAUGUUUUCUCAUUUGUAGCAUUAUGGGGGGUAAGCUGUACAAUCAACAAGUAGCUUUGCAACUGUGUAAUGCAGAGAGAUCAGUAAGGUUACCAUGGUGCUUAGUGUAAUUUAUUCCCCAUAUCAAUGUUGUAUUGCACAGUACAAUACUUAGAGGGGUUUUAGUUUGUUUUCAUUCAAAUCAGGAGAGUUAGAGCAACAUAAAGCUGCAGUAGUUCAUGAGUAAUUGAAGCAUGUUCCUCCAAUUUUGUCUUCACUUGCACAAGUACGUAUUCCAUUAGCACCCCAGUGACAAGAGAGGAGGCUGCAAUGCUCAAAAGACUGUCUUGCCAUUUCAGUCCUUAUUUCAGAGAGGUGCUUACAGAUAGAUGUCUGGGUACCUUUAUGUAGGGUCUGAAAUCUUCCAUAAUUUUCAGCUCUAAGAGUUAUAGUUAGGCCUACAAUUUUCACAUGAUGCCAAACAUGUUGCAUGUUCUGAGAAUGCUUUUCUGUACUUGGAAAUGGGAUAGAAGAAAACAUUUGCUCUUGGAGAGCUCAGAAGAGGGCUCCUUUGCUGUUAAGCAAAGCUGGUAGUUCUGAGUUUUGCUUUUGUGAUGUUGACUAAUUAAGCAAAAAACUUGUGCUGCAGACCCUUCACCAGCUCUGUUGCCCUUCUUUGGACACACUCCUGUGUCUCAAUGUCCCUCUUGUAGUGAGUGGCCCAGGACUGAACACAGUGUACAAAGUGUGGCCUCACCAGUGCCAAGCACAGGGGAAGAAUCACAGCCCUGGUUCUGCUGGUCGCAGUACUGCUGACCCAGCCUGUCCAGAUGCCUCUGCAGAGCCUUCUAACCCCUCAGCAGAUCAACACUCACAGCUAACUUGGUGUCACCUGCAAACUGAAUGAGGGUCCAUGUGAUUUCCUCAUGCACAUCAACAAUAAAGAUACUAAGCAGGACUCACCCCAACACUGAGCCCUUGGAAACACCAUUGUGCUGACUGCCAAUGGGAAUUGAUUCCAUUCACCAACAAACCAUACAGCUAGUUUUUUACCCAGUGAGCAGUGCACCCAUCCAAGCCAUGGCCAUUCAGUUUCUCCAGGAGAAUGCUGUGGGAAAUGGUGUCCUUGGCUCCCAGAUCAGAGUGGAUGGGUCUGUAGUUUUCCUGCAUCCUCCUCUGUUCCUUGUAGAUGGACAUCACAUUUGCCAACUUCCAGUCACCUGGAAUCUUCCCAGUUAAGCAGGAAAAUGAAAGGGUCUUGUUGAGCACUUCUGCCAGCUCCCUCAGUACCCUUGGGUAGAUGCAAUCCAGCCUCAUAGACGUGUGUGUUUAAGUGGUGCAUCAGGUAUCUCACCAUUUCCCUUGGACUGUGGGAGUUUCACUCUGCUCCUCAUCCCUGUCUUCCAGCUGAGGGGGCUGGUACCCAGAGAACAACUGGUCUUACUAGUAAAGACUGAGGCAAAGAAGGCAUUAAGUACCUCAGUGUUUUCUUCACCCUUUGCAAGUAUGUUUCACCCCCCCAUCCAAGGAAGGAUGGAGAUUCUCCUCAACAUUCUGUUUCUGAUGUGUUUAUAGAAGACUUUUUUAUUGUCUUUUCUGGCAGUGGCCAGGUUAAGUUCCAGAUGGGCUUUGGUCCUUCUAAUUUUCUUCCUGCAAAGCCUCACAAUAUUCUUAUGGUUGUCCUGAGUUGCCUGUCCCUCCUUCCAAAAGACAUAAAUAAUUUAUUUUUUUUCUUUUCAUAUGUAUCUUUGUGGGUUUUUUCAAAAUAUCUUUGUAUUUCUGGAAGAGAAUCUGGUUUGCUAAAAAUUACUUGUCAUCCCUUCAGAAGAAGCUUCUCUGAAGGCUAGGCAUUUUUCUUUUAAUUUCUUUCUUUUUCAUGUGUUAAAAUAUCUAAAAAUUCAAUGGUUAAGUGCAAAAGAUAGUUGGAGGGAAAAUUAAUCAUUUCUGAUGCGUGGGCCACGAUACAUGCUUAUAUUAAUAGUGUUGCAUCUGUAUGUAAAUACAGCUGGGAGAAAAAAUGCUUCUUUUCCCUCCAGAACACAUAGAAUUUAUGCCAGUUGGAGUAGAAAUAUUUGAAAGUCUCAGCACCAGUGACAAUAUUUUAUUGUGUUUGAGAAAUGAAUGCAACUAAUUAAUUAGCAUUCAAAUACUGGAAUCCUACAUGUCUAUUGUAUGUCUGUUCUUGCCUCAUUUAGCAAUCAACGUACUCAAAAUUCAGACUGAUUGUCUACAGCUUCCCAUGUUCUUGAAUAUUACUCUGAAGAACUAUUCCAAUGAGGCAUUAAAAACAUGCUUAGAUUUUUAAACUAGGCCAUCCCAGGAUAAAGCAUACCAGGCAUAUGGUUUUUGUUAGAUUUUGGUAUUAAAACUCUCAGUGCAAUCCUAGCUGAUGUAUUGUGGGAAAUCGUUGACUAUGUACUUUUGUUGUUUUGUUUGAGUCAUGUCUAAUUUUGACUCAUGGCAACACUGUAUUUAGACAUGUCUGAUCUGUUUCUUUCAAAUGUCACAUGCUGGUGUGGAAAUACUACUCUGAUUUCAGAGUUUAGAUCAAUCUAAUUCAAAGCAGAGUGUGUGGGUCUGUGAUGAUCCAUAAGAUUUCAAAAGAGGAUAUGGAUGUGAAUUUGAAUUACUAGAAAAACAGAGACAAAACUAAAAAGCAUUUGCAGGUAUCUUCACACACAGCAAAGGAAACAAGUAAAGUCAGAAGAUGAACUCACAAGUGAAUAUUCAUAAUGUUUUACCAGCUGAAUAUUUUACUAGUUGAAAAUGAAGGGUAGUGCACCAACAUGGCAGGAAACAUAAUAAUCAGUCACUGAGAUGAAAAAAAACCUGAGAGACACAAAUCUAGAUGAUGCAAAAGAAACAUCAUGCUACAUGUAGAGGGAUGCUACAAAUACACAAGACACUGAAUGGAUUUUCCUGGGUAGUUUUGGGAGAUUGGGAGCAUGGGAAAGGAAUUUCAUCAAGUUGGUUUCAAUAUUGACAGAUGUAAAGGACUGUGCUGAUUUCAUUUAAAACUACUUGAUAUGUAAAUCCUUUUUUCCUAACGUGGAAUUCCUGGAUUACAUAGCGGCUUUGUUAUGAGUAUACUGUAUAUGUACAAAUACAAACCAAAAGUUGCCUUGAAAUAAUUUAUUACCUUUAUUUUUUACCAAAUAAAAUGUUUCUUUUAA